AUGCAUUUUUCGCAGUUUCGCGCUUUGGUCACACUGACCCAAGGUACAAUGGGCAUCGCGCUUGUUGUGGAGCAGCCCCCCUUUCAAAGCUUAAAUUUUAACAGCUGAGCGCGGACGUUUCGUUGCUCCCCGGAAAACGCGAAAGGCAGUCAGCGCAAAUUUGAAACAAAUCGUUGAAGAAGUUGGCUGGGAGCUGGUACCGCGCGUCAGCAGCGUCAGUGUCUUGUGUUUUCGUCCGACGCUUGUUAUCCACCCCCAUUUGCCACCCCGCCCGGGAGUGUUUUUUGAACUUCUUGAAUGAAAAUCCUCUGCCCUGGGAAGUGAUGAAGUGGGAGAACACGGCUAGGUGCCUGGAAGCCCGCAGAAUGCACUCGCUGCACGGGCAGUUCAUGAGAAUUUGACAUUUAGGCGAGUGUUGCCGCUGCAGAAACCACAACAAAAACUGCUGGAGCUGCAGAGCGGUGGCUCGGUUUUGUGCUUUUAUAUUUUGGCGUGGGCUAGGAUUGGAGGACGGACACACCCACCCGACAGCCGAAAAGCAGCAAAGUGGUCCACAGCCGUGUGGCAGUGUGUUUUGCAAGCCCGUGUGCCAGUGUGUGAGUGGUGUGUGGUCUGUGUUUGCGAGGAAGGGACUCGGAGCCGGUUUCGCAACUUAAUUGACAAAGCAAACAAAAGGAAACAAACAUUCAGCAAUCAUAAACGCAAGCGGCAAGCGAGCCCGAAUGAUACGAUACACUUCCCAUGAAUACGGCCCAGCUGCUAUAGCCCGGCAGAGAUGCUGCUAUAAUUAGCUCUCCGGAUUCCUGUGCAGUCCCACGCGCCCAGCAACAUGGUCGUUGUCCGAGCCCCCGUCCGCCGCCCCGGCCCUCCAAGAGUGCUCCAAGUCCAGCUCCUGCCCCUGGCCCUUGGCCUGUGCUCCCUGCUUCUAAUCUCGGCCGCCUCUGCCCACAACUGUCAACACCAGCAUCCGAAGGCCCAUGAGGUCGUCCAUGGCGUGCGCAUCCAACUGGCCGACGACUUCGACGACGACUCCGCCGGAGAGGCGACUCCGCGGGAUCCAGCCAGGCAUAGCGUGCGGCGGCGCAGCGUGGCGGCCGAGCAGCCGCUGCGGAUUCUGCUCGUCUACGAUGACUCCGUCUACAGGUUGGAGGAGGAGAAAUUUAAUUUAAUAAAUGACACUGUGCUACCGGAAGCCGUGCAGUUUUGGGAGCAGGCGCUGAUGGUCCGGGAGACAAAGGGAGUCAUCCGGCUCAAUAGAAAGUGCGACAGCACCCAGGUGUACGUGAAGAAUGGCCAUACCCACUGCAUCGACCACUGCAAGGCAACGACCAUGUGCGGAGAGGUCCAGGUUCCCAACGAGCACUUGGAUGUCUGCAGAGUCUGCAAUGCCACAGGUCAGAACUGUCGGGUCGACAGCAGCACACAACCGGGGGAUGGCAUAGAAAACGCCGACUUCGUCUUCUACGUCUCGGCCCGCCAGACCCAGCGCUGCUUCAAGGGGCUGACGGUGGCCUAUGCGGCGCACUGUCAGCAGGAGGCCCUGCUGGACCGUCCCAUCGCCGGACACGCCAAUCUCUGCCCGGACAGCAUCAGCACGAAGCCGCAGGAGCUUCAAACGCUAAUCUCCACCGUUAAGCACGAGAUUCUCCACGCCCUGGGCUUCUCCGUCAGCUUGUACGCCUUCUUCCGGGACGAUGAAGGCAAGCCCCGGACUCCCCGCAAGUCGGACACUGGCAAGCCGUACCUGAACGAGAAGCUGCAGAUUCAUCAGUGGAGUAACCAGACCAUUCGCAAGGUGGUGCGGGAGAACUGGUCCGUGCGAGGUGGCCACGUCCACAAGGUGGUGGACAUGAUGGUCACUCCGCGAGUGGUGGCCGAGGUGCGCAACCACUUCGGCUGCGAUAAGCUCGAGGGCGCUGAGCUAGAGGACCAAGGUGGCGAAGGCACCGCCCUCACCCACUGGGAGAAGCGCAUCCUCGAGAACGAGGCUAUGACAGGCACGCACACCCAGUCGCCCGUGUUUUCGAGAAUCACGCUGGCCCUGAUGGAGGACUCUGGGUGGUACCGCGCCAACUACUCCAUGGCCACACCCCUUUCCUGGGGCAAAGGGCUGGGAUGUGCAUUUGCGAUGCGAAGCUGCAAGGACUGGAUACAGAUGAAUCAUGCUAGAGGUCGUUCCAUACACCCUUUUUGCUCCAAGGUGAAACAGGAUCCUUUGCAAACCGAGUGCACGGAUGACCGUAACUCGGUGGCCUUGUGCAACCUAAUUCGACAUGAAUUUGAGCUGCCCAAGGGAUACCAGAACUUCGACAGCCUCAAUCAUGUGAAGGAUGGCGAAGAGGGCUUUUACGGGGGAUCUGUUUCCCUGGCCGACCAUUGUCCCUACAUCCAGGAAUUCACCUGGCGCAGCAAGAACGUGAUAGUGCGCGGAUCUCACUGUCGUUUCACGGAGAACAACCCUAAGCCCGAGAAGAACUUCGCAUUGGAGAGCUACGGUGAAGGUGCCAAGUGCUUCGACCACAGCGAGUCCAUGUGGGAGGAGCGCUCCUGCCACCAGACCCGAGAGUGGCAGCACUGGGGAAGUGGCUGCUACAAGUACGACUGCUUCGACGGCAGGCUGCACAUCCUGGUGGGGAACUACAGCUACAAAUGCUCCUUCCCCGGGCAGAAGCUUUCCAUCCGCAUUGCUGCAAACGGAUGGCUGCACAAGGGGGCGAUCAUGUGUCCUCCGUGUCACGAGCUAUGUGCGGAGCAGUUCGCUGCCGAGGGAAAGCAGUGUCGUCCUGGCGAAGAGCCCGAUCCGCUUAACAAGUACCCGCGCGACAAUCUCGCCUGCGGAGCAGGUAGCGAGCUCAAGCGUCCUAUGGCCAUAAUCAGUGCCGCCCUCUUCUGUCUGGGGCUCAGAUGGGCAAUCAGUUAGAUUGAUCCCUCAGGUCCUGCGGGGCGGUUUUAAUGCUGUAUGUGUAUUUUAGAGAAAUUUGUACAUUUUAGCUGUAGGAUAUAAGCUCAAUUCUUCUAAGUUUGUGUAGAUUGUGUAAGCCAGAUAUUCUCCAGCGUGGUGUGGGUCGACUUUGGGCGAGUAAGCGUAGAGGUAGAGCGUAAUCCAAAAAGUAUUGGCGCAAUUUUAGUUUGUAAUAAUCUGCUCAAAUUAUUGAACUAUUUCAAUCUCGUACAAGAUCGACCUGAGUACCUAAUAAUUAGCAAUUGUAAUUCCUAAUUAUAAUUUGUCCAUCCCAAAAAUGUGAUCUUUGCUAAGUAUGUCUGCGGAUUUUAUUCGAAAUCUAUGGGCCAUAUUUAAAUGCAGCACCUUAGGACAGUUCUGAGUUCUCUAAUACUGAUCUGAACAUUCCAAAGCCUAUUGCAAACGAUACUUGAUAUUAGGGGAUGCGCCGGCAUCUCCCAUGCGAAUUGUUAAAAAUCUUUGUUAUUUAUUACGACUAAUGUUUUCCGAAUUGCUUAGUUUCCUAGUGCUUUCUUAUUCUCAACCAAAUUCUUUUCCCUUUCAGCUGCCUAUCAAGCAUUUACAAAGUUUUCUAAACAUAGCCCUCACAUAAUAAAGUAUAGCUCGUAAGAUUUUAAAACAUUGUGAAUAUACCGAGUAACCCAUGUAAAUGUG